AUGGCAUCUUCUCCGGAGGUGAAAAUAAAUUUUGACUACAUUUAUAGCAACGAAGGGAUUAGGAAAGAUGUGUAUCUUCCAAGCAGCGACACGUUUACAUUUCUUGAGGCUCUCGAAGAAGAUGUUGAGACCAUUUCACCAACUGCUCACGUGGCGCUAGAAAUGGGAACAGGAAGCGGCUAUCUGAUUUUGUCCCUGUACGAGCUGCUGCUAAAAAAGAAGAAGAACCUUGACCUCCUGUACUGCCUUGACAUUAACGAGAAGGCCUGUAAAUGCGUAAGGAAGUUAACAUGGGACAAUAAAAUUUCAAAGGUCGAAAUAAUUAACACCGAUUUGUUCAGCAACUUAAGGCAGUGCAAACAAUUCGACCUGGUCUUAUUCAACCCCCCAUAUGUUGUGACAGAACAAGACGAAAUGAACAAAACGGAUAUUGUUGCAUCCUACGCAGGAGGAAAACAUGGAAGAGAAAUUAUUUUAAAAUUUCUGUUAAGCGUAUAUGACUAUGUAAGUGAUAAGGGAGUUAUAUACCUGCUCAUGGAAAAGAAUAACAGGCCAGACGAAAUAUUGAAAGAUGCGAAUAUAUCCAAUAGGUUCAAUUACACAGAACUGAAAAAGAAAAAAACAUUAAAUGAAACCAUUUUUAUUUACAAACUUAGCAAAAAAGGUUUCUAA